CCUGGCUCGAAUUCGACGACAAUCAGUUAUACUUUGCACCAGUAGCAUGGCAUGCUGCUACAUUGCAGCGUCAAUACUUGGCCUUGUAAUCCGCAGUUGCGAGGCUCUCGAUAUCAAUCUACAUCUACAAUACAAUGAAUCGGUAGAAGACCAAUACAAUGACGACCAUACGGAUUUUAGCUCGUCGCCUACGAAUAAAGGACUACAUUGCGGGGUCACGCUCAUCUCGAUAUCGGGAAUGACAUGUGCUGCCUGCACAUCAGCAGUUGAAUCCGCAAUCAACGAUCUCGACGGAGUGGAAGAAGUUCUUGUCUCAUUACCAUUUCAGGAGGCGCGAGUGCUGCAUAACGGGAAAGUCGACUUGGAAGAGAUGAAGCAGGCGAUAACGGAUGUAGGAUAUGGUGCCGUAAUCGGGGAGAGACAGGCAAGCCAGAAGAUCAAUGUCCUGAGGCAUACCGAAGAGUUGGCAGAGUUGAAACUUGCACUGAGGGGACUUUCACUCUCCUCGGGGAUCAUCUUCGCUUUGGGCACUGGUAUUCAAUAUUUGGGUUUGCAGUGGUUGAUGAAAUACCCGAUUUUUCGUUUGGGCCGAUCAAUGGUUUUAUUGCUAUGUACAACAGUUGCGUCGUUAAAGUAUGGACACUGGAUCUUUAAGAAUGCCAUGGAUGCUGCUCGACAUUGGCGAACCAACAUGCACACGCUGAUUACAGCAUCAACAUUGGUCGGCCUAUCCCUGGCUUCUCUGAAUCUAAUUCGAGACGCCCAGUCUCAGGAGUCUCAGUAUUAUGACUCGAUCAUUGGAGUACUCUUAAUCGUAACGAUCGGGCGUUACAUGGACCUACUCUCUCGACGGCGUGCAACCGAUACUUUUGCGGGACUACAUUCUCUACUGGACCAGACAUCCAGUGUCAAACUCUCCAAGUCCGGAAAACGCAUCGCGACCAGUUUCGCCCGUGUAGGCGACGAAAUCAUUGUCGACGGAUUCAACGUCGUGCCUUGCGAUUGUUAUAUCGUUUCUGGGACUUCAAAUGUUAACGAGGCAGUGCUCACGGGCGAGUCAUUUCCCAAGUCUAAGGGAGUUGGCGACCUACUCCUUGCAGGAUCUCGUAACGGUCCUGGCCGGCUGGUCGGUCGAAUCAACCAAGAUUUUAAUGGAUCAUUUCUUGCGCAGCUUGUUAGGAGUGUGGAGCAGUCCUUAACUACACAUGUAUCGGUGCAGCAUCGUGUGAAUAGUAUUACGCAGUGGUUCGUCGCUUGCAUCUUCGCAGUCGCGUUUCCAACGGCAAUAUGGGAGUAUAUCAGAGCGACUAGAAGUGGGGAUGCGUGGUGGGCGCUUAAUGUCGCAGGACAAAAGCUAAUGACGAUUCUCGCUGCGGCAUGUCCUUGCGCUUUGGGAUUGGCAACGCCGUGUGCAGUGAUGGCUGGAAUUGAUGCCUCAUGGCGCCACGGUAUCCUUAUGCUGGAAGGAGGUGAAACCAUGGAACGCGUGCGAGAUAUCUCACACAUUGUAAUGGACAAAACAGGCACUCUGACUCGAGGUGUUCUAUCUGUGAGCGAUCUGUCGAUUAACAUCGACUGGGAAGGUUCGAAAGAUAAACUUGCUGCAUUGAUAUGUGCAGCUGAAGAAAAGGGCAUGGCUGCUCAUCCUUUAGCAAUGGCGGUUUUUCGGCAUUUACUCCCAGAAUCACAAGGGUUAUGGAAAGUGUAUCAAGAAGCUGGUGCGAUACGCAUGCUGGAGGAAUCACCAGGCAACGGCGUUAAGUGUGAGGUGGACCUUGGGGACGGUGACUGGCAAUCGGUAUUCGUGGGAAGCCUGGACUGGCUAAGACAAAAUAGCAUCACAGGCCUGGAUCACAGACCUGCGUCUGUUGGAGAUGGUUCGUCAGUCUUUGUUGGGAUCAAUGGUGACUUGGCCGCCACCCUGAUCUUGCAGGACACCAUUCGGCCUGACGCAAAAUCAACAAUUGAUGCCCUAAAAGCCCAAGGCAUUGAAGUCAGCAUGUUGACUGGUGAUCAACCUGCCGAGGCUGCGCGGAUCUCGAGAGAGCUUGGUAUAUCUGUAAUGGGGUCUGCAGCUAGACCGGAGGUUAAACUGCGGCAUCUGAAGGCAAUACAGGAGGGUGGUGGGAAAGUGCUUAUGGUUGGAGAUGGUAUGAACGACGGGCCCAGCCUCGCAGCAGCUGACGUUGGGGUGAUGAUGUCCAACGGGCGCAAGUGCCUCACCUCUGGUGGAUCCGUGUUGCUUUUGCAGCCACAACUCAACUCUAUUCUCACUCUGCUGAAGAUCUCGAGAAGGACCAUGCUGCAAGUGAACAAUAACUUGAUGUGGGCCAUAUUUUACAACACGCUUGCCGUGACAUUGGCGAUCGGUUUAGGACAACCAAUUGGGCUGAGUAUAAACCCGCCAAUUGCUGCAGCGAUGAUGAGCAUGAGUAGCUUGUUCAUAACCAUGCAAGGCCUCAUAUUACGAACAAAAUUAGCUCCUUAUUCAUCUGAUAAACUUAGUUAA